AUGCCCCUCUCUGAAAACUCCCUCUUGCGCCUCGGCGCUACCGCAUCAGGCACCAUCGCCCUGGGCUUCGGCAUCAACGCCUUUCUCCGCCCGGAGCACGCGCUCAGUUUCUUCGAGCUCGACUACCCUACCUCCGCCGUCGAACGCUCCGUCGUUGACAAUCUGAUAUACGCCUACGGAGCUCGCGACGUCUUCAUGGGUGUGGCUACGUACAUCGCAGGCUAUUUCGGAAACAACAAGACGCUUGGGUGGACUAUCCUUGCGAUUGCUGGUGUUGCCUAUGCGGAUGGAGCAAUUUGUUGGGCGAAUGGACAUGGGCAGUGGAAUCACUGGAGCUAUGCGCCGCAAUUGACUGUUGUCGCAGCGAUGUUAUUGGGUGUGUUUGAUCGGAAGUAG